GAGAGAAACGAUGCGUCUGAGGGGGCGCUUGUCCCCCUCCCCCGCGAAGGCAGUCCGGGCUGGGGGGGCGCUAAGCCGAGGAGGGACGGGUCGGCGGGCGGCAGCCAGGAAGCAAAGGUUCCGCCUCCUUGGGCUCGACAGCAGAGCUGCCUCUGAGCAUGUGCAGAGCGCCUGCCUGCAACAUCGGGGCGCGGGAGGAGGAAGCCAGCCCAGAGCGCCGGAGUUUCGGGCGGCCAUUUGGGGGCGUGGCCCCGCCCCUUCCGGCUCACCUGGCCAGGUAGUAGGUGCCGUCCAGGACAACGCUGGGGAAGAAAAUGGCGUUGCCGCUGCCGUUGCCGCGGCAGGUCGGCGGGCCCACCGCCCUCCCACUGCUUCUGCUCGCCGUCACUGGAGUCUGCUCCCUGGAGAUCCAAGCAGAGGCCGAGGUCCGGGCCUUUGUGGGCGAGCCAGUGACGCUGAAGUGCCGGUUCACGUCCUCCUCUCCGGUCACCGAAAAGCUCACCGUGGACUGGACCUUCCGGCCUCUUGCCGGAGGGAAGCUGGAGCCGAUCUUCCACUACCAGUCUGAUGCCUACCCGGCCAAGAGGGGCACCUUUCGCGACCGGAUCUCUUGGGCUGGAGACCUGGCCCAGCGCGAUGCCUCCAUCAUUAUUGCCAGCCCAACCCUGGAGGACAAUGGGACCUUCACCUGCGCAGUGAAGAACCCCCCGGAUGUGCAGCACAACCUCCCCCGGACUGUACUGACCGUCACUCAGAGAGGCUCCUCCUUCCAGCUGACCUUGGCCGGGCUGCUCGCCCUCCUGGUCUUCCUCCCCUCGGCUGCGGUGGUGUGUCUGCUGCUGAUCCGGAUGGGCAGGAAGUUUGGGGUGCUGAAAGGCGGGAAGAAGGCGGGCUACAAGAAGUCCUCCAUUGAAGUCUCUGAGGAGCCUGAGAAACCUGGCUGUGGGGCGCGGCUGAGCAGAUGUUGCAUGCAGUGCCUGGAUACAGAUGAGGAGGACCCUUACUGACUGGAGGGCAAAGACCACCCCCUGAAGGGUCACCAGAAGGCUUCCAUGAUCUCCACCUCCGCUAGCUCUGCAAGGAACUGAGCACUGGGCCCUGAAUGUCAGAAAGUGCCCAGUGUUGCGGGUCCCGCUUCUCUUUCUUCCUGGGCAUCACUGAGAUCUUCCAGCGCCCCCUUUGCUGUUCUGACUCCCUUGCCCCGUGUGUCUGGCUUAUGAAUGGGGCAUGUGGGGGAUAGAGCUGAGUCAGCCAGCUUCCUGCCUUGUGCUCCAUGGUCUGCUCUGGAGGGGAGAGCCUUUCGUGACUCCUUUUGCUGCACGGAGGUCUGCCUGGUUGCAGCAUUUGAUCCCUGCGGAAGGUGCGGUGCCUCGUGGUUCUCCUCUUGGCUGGAUCUUGGCACAGACUUCCCAUCGGCCUUGGGAAGCCUCUUGGAUCCUGGCCCCCAGCAGCAGGAGCAGCGGUUAGGUGGCCUGUCUGUACUCUGCUGCAGCUGCCUUCUACUGGGCUGGCCACUGGGCAGCUCCAGCUCCGGAGACCCCCUCAAGGCCUCGGGCAGAGCAAGCUCUUCUCCCAGAGAUGCUUCUCAGGUGGAGGUGCUGGAGGCCAAACGGGGGCCUUUCUGGGUGUGGAACCGGUGCUCCACCCCUGAGCUACAGCCUCACGCCCGGGUUAGUGGUGAAGGGGGCUGCUUUGAAUGGGAGGGGCAGGGGGCAGCUGAGCUGACCGUGACAGAUGGCCGGCUGCAGGUGGUGGGCUUCUCCGGUGCCCUGGGGACUCCCCGCUGCCUUGCAUUCAGAUGGGUGGGGGCUCCUGCAUGACAACAUCUGGCUGAGUUGGCUGUGCUUGGCUGAUUAAGGUGAGGGUUGUGGCCUUGGCAAGCUGUGCGAGAACCUGAAGGUGCCCACAGACGGGUGCUGGCCCACCAGAGGAGCCUCCUAGGCCUUCCCUGAUGGCUUCCCUGGAGGCCUGCUCCUGCCUGUGUGUGUGUGUGCGCUCUCUCUCGCUCUCCCUCCCCUGCCCCCUGAGGGGCCUUUCCAGGAGAGGGGCUGAAGGGAGGUCUCCUCUCUCUUGUGGCCAAUAAACAUCUUGGUUCCAGCUCAGUCUACUCAUCUCUUUGUCUGUCUGAACCAAGAGUGGGCCACUUUCCCCUGGGAUGGAGUGCCACUUGCACUACCUGAGAAACUGAUUGCCUUUGAUAGUCCCUGAUCACAAGCAACCAGCUAAGAGCAACUUAUUGGGAUUUCCCCCCAAAGCAGAGUAAGGCAGGUUUGUCAUUAGUAGAUCACUAGCAGGCUGUUUACUGAGGCUGAACAAACAAUCUUUGAACUGGCAGUCCAAACUCCUGUGCUAAAGAUGAAAGUGACCCUCGGGUUCUGUGCAUUUCCAGGAUAAAGUGACUGGCCCGAGCGAGCAGCAUCCAUGUGGGCUCAAAUGGGGGCCUGUCGUGCCGUGGGUCUCAACCAGUCCUGUGACUUCUAAGCUUCACUGCUGCCACCAAGCGGACUUAUGUUUUCUCUCGCUGAGUCUUCCGAAACAGCCUUUCAUCCAAACUGGGUCGUGUGGAAAGGCCUUCUAAGCCUGAGGUGGGGAAAACAGACAGAGGCUACAAAUAGUUAAAUUCAAAGAGGAAUUUUGCUCUCAAACUGUUAAAAACAGUAGUUCUUUGGGAGAACUGAAUACAAAGAAACAGCAGCCAUACGAGCAUAAAGGAACAAAUAAAAGAGGAAAAUGCAUUCAAUCUAAACUGCACCGAAUGCUGUGCGUGAACCCAGAGUCCUUACCAGGAGUUUUCUUAUAAUCACCUCUAAUCAGCUUCUGCAGUGAGCCUGGCUUUUCCCCUUGCUCAGCUUCAGGUCUGGCUCUUCUUUUCUAGUGCUAGAGGUUCAAUUCCAGACUGUUCCUUCAGCUGCUUUGAGGAUGAUUUGGAUCUCAACAGUUUUUUCAGCUUAACUCUCCCAGUGAUUUCUCAGCUCUUAAUUUCAGCUCUUUUCUUCCCAGGUCUUCUCUCCUGGCUCUCCAAGACCCCAGAUCCAACAUGGGGCAGAUUAAGCUUUUUGUUGCCCAUAGGCAAAAAGGAUUUUGCUGGCCCUUUACUUGUUGUGUUAAAAAAUUCCAUUCGUGGCGGCGGCAGCAAGGAAGGAGGAAGGCUGAACACAGGAUGCACAGCAGAGAGGCUGUGCAGUCACUCCGAGGGUUCUUUAGGGCGAUCCCCUCACCCUCUGCUUGUCCCCCCGCCCCCGUAGCUGCUGACCCCAUUUGCUGCUGUAUGCAAAUGCCUGUUCGUGCCACUGACUCCAACUUGAACAAACUUUCACUCUUUUCUAAACAGGCCAGUCAGGACAACUCAGGUUCCCUCCCUCAUUUUAAGACUUACGCAAUCCAAUCAAACCCUCUCUUCUCUCCAAAGCAUAACCAGUAAAUAGUUUUACUGUUCUAAUAGUUUUUACAUUGUUUUGAAAUUAUAAAUUGUUGUAAUGUUUA